CAUGCGUGCAGUGUAGUGAAUGGCUUUUUGUGUACAUCGCGUGCUUGAAAUUUUUUGAUUUUGUGUUCCUAGCCUGAACUCCUGCUGGCAGGUGUUAAUUGCUAAGGAUAUUUGCGCUGGUUCAUCUUAAAUACGUGAGGUACCGACAUUAUGGCGGCGUUUCAAAGAACAUUAAUGCGGCUGAUGAAAGUCUCUUCGCCACUGUACCGACUACCGGCAUGGAGACAACCACAAUUGGUAUAUUAUCCUACGACUGUACCGACUGUGCGGCUAUUUAAUACUUCAGAAGAAACCGCUCCAGUGAAGAAGCAAGAGGAAGAUGUCAGCAUCUUGAAGGAAAACUCUCCUCCGAGGGAAAUGUUGCAACGGGCAAUCAAAUCAGCAGCAUCUGCCGAUAUGAUCCUGCGAGUUGUCGAAGGACAAUAUGAUAUUUUAAGCCCUACAGUUGCACACAUGGCCUUGAGAAACUUGUUCACACUUCAUAGACACAAUCUUACUACAAUGAGCAAAGAGGACAUUUUAAACAACAAAGUAUUUGAAAUACUCUGCAAACACACCAAGAACGGACUACGUAUGAUGACUACAAAUCACCACAUCGACACCCUCAAAGUUCUUACCUACUUUGGCGUGCCUGCAUCAAGCAUAAUGGUGCAAACGGUGCUGCAUCUGCUGAAAAAGGAAGUAAAUGAUCUCAACAUCAGCGAAAUCAUUUUCUUGCACUCGCUGUGCACCAGAGGCAGAGGAGAUGAAAAUAUGAAGAGCUUGUCGAUAGCGCUACCAAUCGUAUUUGAGGCUAAUUUGAAGCUGAAAUUGGACAAGGGAAACUCCCUGCAUGUCGCUACAGCUUUGGAAUUUGCUACCAGGUACAAGGUGUCUGAGGCGGUUUUCGACGACCUGAUCACUGCUGCGUCAAAACUGGAAUUCCUUACCAGCCGAGAAGCGUUCCAGGUCGCACGAGCGUGUGCCAGGAUCCGCCACAAACAUCCCUUGAAGGCUCAAGUGUGCAAAGACGCACUUGAUGUGGUUGUCAGCCACUUCAGUGAAUUCUCAAACAAUGAUGUGUCUGCGCUUCUCGACUUUAUAUCUACACAGAUGAAGUCAAACCCAGACACAUACCACAAAGACUUCUUUGAUGCGUGUGCCAACCAAGUAGUUGCAGAUCGCCGUGGAAUCUACAAGGCCCUUGCGUGCGCUAGGCGUCUGAUGAACUCGGGUCACUGGAACAAAGAUCUUUUGAACUACAUGACUGAAGAAAUCGCCACUAAUCCUGAAGAACUAAAGUCGCACAUUUGGCUAGCGGCACCUUUUGUCUAUGUUGACGUGAUUUCUUCGUCAGGCUACAAACCAGAAAAGUGGGAUGACGCUUUGGCCAUUAUACUUGAAGUUUUGACUUCAGCACCAGAAAAUAAAUUCAAUUACAAUUGGAUUCAAAUAGCGUGCCAACUUGGAAGGCUGGAGGUGUUCCCGGAAAAACUCUUGAACUUCGUGUUUGAUGAGAAAUUCGUGAGGGAAACUGCUAUGAAAUCGUACAACCGAAUUGAUUUGGCUCAAAUCAAUUCUUUGAAUCAAUCGGUCACUCUAUUCCAUCCUGAAUAUACUGGACCGUUACCAGCAGAGGAGUACUUGGCUAAAGCACUAGAAAUUGACUUGGAGUUAAUGCAGCAUCUACCUUUGAAAUCUGACCUUGAGACAGGCUUUGGAGGGUCUCAGUACGUCCUCAACAAGGCAGUAACCAAGCUGAAAUUUUUAGUUGAUCAUGCAGUUGCAAUAAGAAAAGGAGGAUACCCCGUUGCGCUGAACCAAAUGAAAGAGCAACCUGAGGGCAUCAACUACAUAGAUAACUUUGAAAUUCCUGCUGACAGUAAAAUGUUGUUGAUUCUUUAUCUACCUAAAUCACUGGACAGUAUGCCUGGCACAUUGAAAUUCAGAGCACAAAUGGUUUUGAAGUCUUUAAGAGCUCUAGGUUACAACACCUUGGCGAUCAGAGAGGCCGAUUGGUUGCAGGUUGCUGAGAAUGAGCGUGUCGCUUUCUUGAUGCAAAAAGUCAAGGAAAAGUUGGCAGAUCAGUACGAAAGCAUUGUUUAGACAAAUAAAGUUAAUUUAUGCAUUUUAGCAACACAA